UAAAAAAACUGUCACUGAGGGCCAGGGGUCAUUGCAUGACAAAAGACAAUUUAACACAUAUUUCGAAUAAUUGUUUGCAAUUAGUUCUACACCGCUAGUAAGCUGAUUAUGCACUUAGUAAAUAAGCCAACAUUACGACAGUUCACAGCGGGUGAAAAUGCAAACCGUAUGAGAGGUUCAUCUCUUUCGCGGCAAUUAAAUGUCAAAUAAUUCACCCGGCCAAGACACACGAAGUUUUUCAACAGCUUUAGGCCGCAGUAAAAGGCAACGAAAUUAAAAAUAAAAUUUAAUGAAAUAACAAACCGACAAAAAGUGAGUAAAACCGCGGAAAAGAGCCCCCAACUGCAGUGGCCUUUCCGCUGUAAGUCGCUGUUGUUUUCUUAAUUUUUUACAACUGAAGCUUGUUGAAGACCCGAUCCGAAACAGAAAACCCGAAAACCGAAAGUCCGAAAAUACGAAGCCGCAUUUCCAAGUGUUCAGUGCGUGAUCGACGCUCAGACCUGCAACUUGUGCCUCCGGAGGAAAAAAGAGACAGACAGACAGCGCGAUAGUGCGAAAGUCGGGCGAUUAAAAGUCGGUGUUGUAGUAAAACACAACGAAUCAUUAAAUAAUCAGCAUAAGCGGGCAGUGAUAAGCAUUUUCUCUUAUCACCAACCAAAAGUGGUUACCUUUUUCCGACUAUAUAAAUAGAACUUUCUCAAUCAUGCAGCAAGUUCUGGAAGUGAGCAUAUAUACACUGCUCAGGAUGGCGUUUAUUUGGCAGCUGAUAUCCGCGGCUAUCUAUAUAGUGGGAUCCCUAACUAUCGCCGCCUUUCUGUACGACAACCUGAAGUCCUUGAUCAGUAUCAUUAAGGCCGUUCUGGAACCCUACUUCCAGCCCCAAUUGCCGAAGACUCUGAUCGAAAAGUUCGGCCAAUGGGCAGUGGUGACGGGUGCCACCGAUGGCAUUGGAAAGGAAUAUGCCAGGGAGCUGGCUCGUCAGGGUCUCAACCUGGUGCUUAUCUCGAGGACGAAGGAGAAGCUGAUUGCCGUCACCAAUGAGAUUGAGAGCCAGUACAAAGUAAAGACCAAGUGGAUCGCUGUGGAUUUUGCCAAGGGUCGUGAGGUUUAUAAUCAGAUCGAAAAAGAACUGGCAGGAAUUGAGGUUGGCAUUUUGGUCAACAAUGUGGGCAUGAUGUACGAACACCCCGAAACACUUGACCUUGUGCCAGAGGAGUUGCUGUGGAAUCUCCUGACCGUCAAUAUAGGAGCCGUUACCAUGAUGACCCGAAAGAUCCUGCCGCAUAUGAUCGGCCGUCGGAAGGGCGCCAUUGUCAAUCUGGGAUCCUCUUCGGAACUACAGCCCCUGCCCAAUAUGACUGUCUACGCGGCCAGCAAGAAGUUCGUUACGUACUUUUCCAAGGCUCUGGAACUGGAGUUGUCCGAGCACAACAUCCACGUACAGCUGCUGAUGCCCAACUUUGUGGUAACCAAGAUGAAUGCCUACGCCGAUCGAGUGAUGCAAGGCGGUCUGUUCUUCCCCAACGCCUAUACAUAUGCCCGCUCCGCCGUCUUUACACUGGGAAAAACAAGUGAGACGAACGGUUUCUGGACUCAUGGGAUACAGUACGCCUUAAUGAAGCUGGCUCCGCUGCCGAUUCGCACAUACCUGGGACAUCAGCUCUUCAAGCGGCUAAGAAUCGAGGCCCUCGAGCAAAAGCAAAAGAAACUUAAGCUUUUUUAACUCGUUAAGCUAGGUUAGGAGUCAUGUAAAUAUUUGGUUCUUAGUCAUAAGGCUUAAGCUAUAAUCUAGACAAUUAUUUUGUAUACAAGCCAUUGAAAAAAUAAAAAUAUAAAACAAAAGACAAAA